AUAUUCACCUCAAAGAGAACACUUCCCAUUCUUUGCAAUUUUAUGUGUCCAUUUGUCGUGAAAUAUAUAAAUUGAGUGAAACAUUAUGAGUAUGAGAUUUGCGCCGACAUUUAUGUGCAAACAAAAAUUGCCUUUGCUGCACAUGCCCAAUGGCGGCGGGAUUGACCUGAAAAUUCUGCACCGCCCGCAGAAGGAGAAGGUUGUGGUGGUGAUGGGGGCGACCGGCGCCGGAAAGUCGAGACUCUCCGUCGACCUCGCAACCCGAUUCUCGGCGGAGAUAGUGAACGCGGACAAAAUGCAGGUGUACCAGGGAUUUGACGUGCUCACUAACAAGGUCACCGACGAGGAAGCCGGCGGCGUACCGCACCAUCUGCUAGGGAUAAUCGACCCCGAGAAGGAUUUCACGGCGAAGAAUUUCUGCAACGCGGCGUCGCGCUGCAUCAAGUCGAUUGCCGGACGCGGGAGGCUCCCGAUGAUCGCCGGCGGGUCGAAUUCGUUCAUUGAGGCGCUCGUUGAAGACGAGGAUUCCAAGAUGAAGUCGAAGUACGAUUGGUGUUUUAUCUGCGUCGACGUUGCGCUGCCGGUUCUGCAUUCGUUCGUGUCGGAGCGGGUUGAUCGGAUGGUGGAGAAGGGGAUGAUUGAGGAGGCGAGAGGCAUGUUUAAUCCGGCGAGCAGGGAUUACUCUAAGGGAUUACGUCGAGCAAUUGGUAUGCAGGAAUUAGACCGGUACUUCCGCAUUGAAUCCGACGAGGAACACCGCGCGAGGCUACUGGAAGACGCCAUUAACGACGUGAAGAAGAACACCAGAACACUAGCGUGCCGGCAGCUAGAGAAAAUCAAGCGACUGAAGCACGUCAAGGGGUGGAAGAUACACCGCCUGGACGCCACGGAGGCGUUCCUUAAGCGCGGCGGCAGUGAAGCGGAUCAAGCGUGGGAGAAUCUCGUGGUGGCGCCCGGCACCGCCAUCCUCAACAGAUUCUUGCACAGCCAUGCUAGCUCUGGCUCCUUGUUUUUCACCGCCAACAACCUUCUCAUCCCGCCUGCCGCCGCCCGAGCCACCGUCGCCGCAGCCGCAAUUCACUAGAUCCAUAAAAUCAAAUUAAUCAGGGAGCGGCUUAUUAGCCUUCUUAAUUUGAGUCCAGUUAAAUCCCAAGAUGAGACAGAAUUUAUCAGUACACACUUUGAUCAUCAAUCAAAUUAAGCAUAAUUCAAUAACCUGCUGUAA